AUGGAUGAAGAUAAUAAGUUACCCUUAAAGCGAGUGGAACUGUCGUUGACAAAGUUCAACGAGGUGGCUAUACCGCAUCACUUAGGUCUACUACGACAACACAAAACUAAUAUUCUCAAGUAUGAGGAGUGCGGCGAGCUGGCGCGUGCGCGCGUCGAGCAGCGGCACGCGGGGCGCGUGGCGGCCCAGCUGCGCGCGCUGCUGCUGGAGAUGGACGCGCUGCGGGGCCAGGUGCGCGACCCAGACCGCGCGCGCUUCGACGCGCUCACGCAGCGCUCCAGGGACACCACGCUCAAGGCCAUCGUCGACUACCUCGGUGUAAUAGAGAGCAGCUGUAAGGCGCUGGUGCAGUCUUCGGCUCCCAGAGCGCGCCGCACGGGGACGUCCCCGCUGGCGAUAAACCGGCGCGUAGAGCCCAGCUUGGCGGUGGCGGCGAGCGACGCGUCCACGGACUCGGUGGGGGUCGUCGCGCACGCCCAGAACGAAGCUGUACCCCUAGAAGAUAAGGAACAGAUACAGUUGCGAGUAGACGAUCAGGAGCUAGCGCUGAGCGAGCGCGAGGCGUUGCUGCGCGGCUGGAGUGAGCUGCAGAGCGAGGUGCGCGCGCUGCACGAGGUGUGGCAGCACGCGCAGGCCGCGGCGCUGGCGCAGCGCGACCACGUGGAACAGGCGGCCGCGCACGUUGACAUCGCCGCCGAGAACGUCAGUGCCGCUCGCCACCACCUCGCCUCCGCCGAGAGAUUGCGCGCGGGCGCGUACGUGGGCGGCGCGUGCGUGGGCGCGAUGGUGGGGGGCCCGCUGGGGCUGUGCGUCGGCGCCAAGGCGGGCGCGCUGGCGGCGGCGGCCGGCUCGCUGCUGGGCUACGUGGGCGUGCGCCUGCUGCGCCGGGACCCGCCGCCCAGCAGCCAGGAGGACAAGGACAAGGACCAAUAA